UAGGAUUGUUUCCUUAUUUAUUAUUUAUUUAAUUUAUUUUCAGAUAUUUAUAUGUUGUCUUCAUCUCAAUAACCACCUUCUAUCUUUCUUCACUUCACUCCAUUUUCCUCCUCAAGAAGACAAAAAGAAGCGUAACAAAUUAAUGGGUGUUGAAGUAGACUAACUGAUGCUAAAAUCAACUGUGGCGAGGUUACAGAUUGUGGCAUGGUAGUUCAAAAAAUGUCACACGAACGUGUUAGCAACAUAAAUGUGGAUGCUACCAGAACUCGCUUGACUCAAAUUCGGAAGCAAGCUAGAUGCAAGUACCUUUUAUUGGAUGAAAAGAGGGGUGGCGAUAGCCGCUGCAGACAUUCACAAGGAAAAAUAAUCCGCCUGAACCAAAUAAAGCAUCAAGCUCGGUGUAAAAGUGAGAAUGAUUUGUCACAGAAAAAAACUAUAUCUGAGUCUGAAAAUGAGCAACCAAAAGGUAGAAUACUUCGAUUGAGCCAGAUCAAACGUCGAGCUCGGUCCAAAGACAAUGCAACAGUGACAGAUGGGACUGAGAAGCGUAUGGAUCAGACUUUGCCUUGCAACAACUUUACAGAUAAAGAAAAUGUGAUUGCAUUUGCAGGGCAAGCUGUGAAGAAAAGUAUCUGUCAACAGGAUUCCAAUCCUUCUGUUCAAGGUGUUCCUGCACAUAACUUAUACAGAGGAGCCUGUCAACUGUCUGAUGUAUUGUGGGAUGUUGAAAAUCUUAAGGAACUUCAACGUACUGCAAGGAGGUUAAGGAUAUUCAAGACUAAAAAGCUUAGACAACAAUUACGGACGGAGUGUAAACAAAAUCUUUCCAAUGCAAGUUUGCAUGUGAUAACAGCAGCAAACUCAGAAGCACCAAAGGAAUUUAUACCUAUGAAAAGAUUACGCUUAACUGAGUUGAGACGUGAAGCUCGUUUAGGGAAUCACUUUCCUGCAUUGCAAGGACUGCCAAGAAACUAGAGUUUGAAUGUAGGUGUUGUUGAUGUUGGAUGAGGUAUUGCAAGCUUUGAUGGGGAGACCAGCAUUCUGUUUUUUUGUUUGCUUGUACAGAAUGACUUGGUAGUAAGCAUUUUAGAGGGCUAUAAAAUUUAUACGAGAACGAAUCCUUACAAGACUAAUAUGAACUUGUUCUUUAUGUAUGAACAUCCCAUGACAAACUUUUGAUUGACUCUAUUUGGCUGAAAGAAGACCCUGAUUAGUUCGUAUGAAUGUUAAAGAAAAAUAGCUAUUUUUGUCACAAGCUUCAAAGAUU